GUCUUGGGGUGCAUUACUUUGCUACAAGCCAUUAGUGGUACUCGUUUUUCAAUAUUCCCUACAUGCUCCACAACACAACAACAAUAUUGCCAUUUCUCUCGUGUGCAGCUCAAUAAUCUAAUGGUUGCUUCAGAAACUGGAAAGCUCUUUGGGUUCUUGUCAGGAGCUGCAGUUGAUUAUCUUCCUCCUUCUAUGAUCCUAGUAAUUGGCCUUAUAUUUGGAUUAGUUGGCUAUGGUGGGCAAUAUCUUUCCAUUGCACACAAAAUCCCUGAUUUGUCUUAUUGGCAAGUGAUAUUUCUAAAUGCCCUUGCAGGAAAUAGCACUUGCUGGAUCAGUACUUAUUGUUCCACAUUAGCCAUUAGAAACUUCAGGGAUUGGCAGGGAACACUGAUUGAAAUAACUUCAAGCUAUUCUGGGUUGAGUGAAAAGAUAUAUAGUAUAUUAGUUGGAGGCAUUCAAGGGAGGAAGAGUUCUCAAAAUUCCGUUACUUAUCUCCUCUUUACUUCCCUUGCUCCUAUCGUGGUUGGGUUAACCGUAGCAAUAAAAAAUUAUGGUCUGAAGUGCUUGGAACAUAGAGACAUAGACAUGUCUCCAAUUGCCUUUCUGAUAGCUAUUUCAACUGGGAUAUAUGUAGUGAUUGAAAGUGUUGCACCAAGUUUCACACACUUGUCUCUGCAAUUACAAGCAGUGAUUUUAGUUUUGGUGCUAAUGAUACCAUUUGCAGUAGCAUCUUUUAUUGCUUUACACCAGUUCACAACGCAGAAAUGCAACUCUCAGGUAAUGCCCGAGCCUUGUACUGACAUUUUUGAAUCAAAAUCCAAAAGGGUCAUCAAAGAAUUCGAGAUCGCAAUAGAUAAAGAAAGAUGUGCUGAUGAAAGUAAGGCCGCAGAGGUCGAUAGAGGCACAGAACAAGUGUUAAUGGUGGGAAAUGAGAAUGGUUUGAAAGAGCUGCUGAUAGAUGUAGACUUUUGGCUGUUUUACAUGGUGAAUGCAUGUGGAGCUGCCGUAGGAAAGGUUUAUCUGAUCAACCUGGAACAAAUCUUCGUAUCUCGUAGCAGCAGUGUAGCAUCAUCUCUAUUCGCAAUGUCCUGUGUGUUCAGCUUCUUUGGAAGGAACUUCUCAGUUAUGUUCAAGUGGUAUACAAGGAAAAAAUCAAUCAUAUCCAACCCAGCAUUAACAGUGCUCCUAAUUCUUCCUAUGCCGGUGGCCUUUUUCCUGCUAAUCAACGACAGCAGCAGAUGUUUAUACAUCAGCACAGGAAUUCUUGGAGCCUGUUCUGGAGCCUUAAAUGCCAUAAGUGCAUCAACCAUGCACGAGGCUUUUGGUUGCAACAACUUCGUAGUGAAAAAAACCAUUAUUCAGACUAAUAUUCCACUGGGGCUUCUUGUCUUUGGGUGCUUGGCUGCUCUUAAUUAUCAGAAGGAAGGUGAAGGAAAUCAUGGGAUUUGCUUGGGUUUGCAAUGCUAUAGCAGAACUUUCAUCAUCUGGGGAUCCAUUUCCUUGGCUGGAGCAAUUCUCAGCGUUAUUCUGCUUCUCCGUAAGCAGAACUUGUGUUCACAUAAAUCAUAGAAUGUGCCCAAUUUGGAAUAAAUUUGAUUGAUUAUAUUAUAGACUAGUUGAAAGCCCUUGCGCAGCUCAAACUUAUGUAAAAGUUCCUCUUUUUACAUUGUUUAUAAAAUUAUGCUAGAA